AUGCAGUUUGUACGCAAGGCCGAAGAGGCCAUAACUGGGAAGAAGGACGAGUCGCACGAGUCGACCAAGUCCUCCAGCCAUGGACCUCAUUCCAACUUGGCCAACAAGCUUGACCCCCGUGUCGAAAGUGAUAAGGAAGAUCACACCGAUGCGACUGGUGCUGUUGGAGCAUCCCACGAUACCACAAUCUCUACAGGGACUCAUGGCACCCAGGGCACCACCACCCACGGCACUACUCAAGGAACCCCAAGCCUGAGUGCUACUGGUGCCACUAGCAGCACCAAUGUCGUCCCCCACAGUCCCCACAUCGCCAACAAGGCUAAUCCCGCCGUUGACUCCAAUCACGACAACCGCGCUCGCCACGAAGCAGGUCUCACUGCCGCUGGAACCGGUGCAGCUCUUGCAUCAACCCAUGCUACCACCGCCACGGGUACUCAAGGCUCGGCCCUAGGUUCUGGCACUACACACGGCAUUUCAGGUGUGACUGGUACCAGUGCUGGUCUUGGAUCUACCCAGCGCACUACUGGCACUACUGGCACUACUGGUAGCACCGAUGUCGGUCCUCACAGCUCGACCAUCGCCAACAAGCUCGACCUCCGCGUCGACUCUGACCGUGACAACCGUGCUCGCCAUGAAAGCUUCACCGGUGCUGGUCUUGGUUCUACCCACGGCACAGGUACCUCUGGUGUGACUGGUGCUGGUGCUGGUGCUGGUGCUGGUCUUGGAUCUACCCAUGCCACAACCACCGCUACAGGACCCCUCAGCUCUAUCCUGGCCACUGGAACUGGAACUCCUCACAUCACUCCCAUUGCUACCCCCGGUAGCGGCAGCAGCAGCAGCACGAAUGUUGGACCUCACAGCUCUACCAUCGGCGUUGACAUGUACAGUGCUACCCGUCCUCCGCAGCAAUCUACCCUCGUCGGUACUGGUCCUGGUACUACGACCUACGAACCCCACACUCGUGGUGCUACUGUUGGCUCGGCGAUUGGGGGCUUUGGUCUUGGUACUGCUGGUAGUAUUUACAAUACUCCCACUGGAACUACCACUGGUGCGACUGAUACUGGUAAUACCAGUACAGCUGGUUAUUGUGUCGACAAGCUUGACCCCAGCGUCGACUCGGAUUCUGUCCGUGCGAAGAGUGAGGGUCUUCACCGUCAGAUCUAG